AGUGUGCGACGAGUGAUGUCAUGCGGAGGGAGGAAACCGAUCUCAACAGCUAAGAUGGCGGAGGAGCAGCAAGAGUCAUCACAGGGAGAGAUGGAGGGAGUGAACUGCCUAGCAUAUGAUGAGGCCAUAAUUGCUCAACAGGACCGGAUUCAGCAGGAGAUAGCCAACAGUAACCCUUUAGUGUCAGACAGACAGGACCUGUCGGUGCUGCAGAGCGAGUACGCUGAGGAUGACACGGUUUAUCAGCUCAAGAUCAAGGACCUGCACAAAAAAUACGCGUACAUUCGCAAGACGCGACCAGAUGGAAACUGUUUCUACAGAGCCUUUGGCUUUGCACAUCUCGAGUCCCUGCUAGAUGACAGCAAAGAACUUCAGAGGUUCAAAGCAGUUGCAGCUAAAAGUAAACUGGAUCUGGUUAACGAAGGUUUCACUGAGUUUACUAUUGAAGAUUUUCACAAUACUUUCAUGGACCUGAUUGACCUAUGUGAGAAACAGCCGAGCCUGCAGGAGCUGCUGAACUCCUUCAAUGACCAGAACGUAUCAGACUAUGUGGUGGUGUACCUGCGGUUGCUCACCUCAGGCUACUUGCAGCGACAGCAUACCUUCUUUCAGCAUUUCAUAGAGGGUGGGCGCACUGUCAAGGAGUUCUGCCAGCAGGAGGUAGAGCCAAUGUCUAAAGAAAGUGACCACAUUCACAUCAUCGCCUUAGCUCAGGCCUUGGACGUAUCCAUUCUGGUGGAGUACAUGGAUAGAGGAGAGGGAGGAACAGUCAAUCACCACGUCUUUCCCGAAGGCGGAGACCCCCGCAUCUUCCUCCUCUAUAGACCUGGCCAUUACGACAUCUUGUACAAAUAGCACUCCUGGCCACAGCCCAUCUCAUGCAUCUCCUGCUGUGUGCCGCAGCAGCGCAUUCAA